CAGGAGGUGGCGGGAGAGGGGAGAGCUGGCAGCGCUGCGGUGUCACUGGGGAUCCGGAGGAACACAGGGAUUCGCUUGUCUGGCAUUGCUGCUGCUGCCUCACUCCUCCAUGAAGUAAAGCAGCGAGGUUAGCCCGGGCCAGAUAAGAUGGCUGUUAUUUGUUCUGCGGAUUCACACUUGUUGCCUUUGCUGGAAACGUUAGAAGACUCCACUACGUCUCAUACAGAACAGACAGAUGCAUACCUCUCUAUAGCUAACCGACUGAGUGGAGAGGAUGGAAAGGAGUUUAGUGUACUGGUCGGAGGCCAAUUUUCACGUCUUUGUAAAGCAUUUAAGGGGCACAUCUCUAACCAGAACUCUGAUCUUAGCAAUGCAGCGCUGCAGGCACUGGGAUUUUGUUUAUUUAAUAACAAAAUUGCAUCUGGCUUAUCAGCAUCAGAGACAGAAGAAUUACUUUCAGCACUAAACUGUAUUGCUGUCAAGGCGGCAGAUAAAAAUACUUGCACACGAGCACUUUGGGUGAUUUCAAAACAGAAUUUUCCCUCCGAGGAAGUUGAGAAAUUGGUACCCUCGAUACUUUCUACAUUAGAAAGUGUACUUAAUAAAGAUGUUCAGUCACUUGUCAUUGAAUAUGAAGCACUGAAUGUUGUCAUACGACUAUUGGAGCAGGUACCUACACAAAUGACACAUGAAGCAGUCAGAUGGUCUAAGCUCAUUAUACCAUUGGUUGUCCAUUCAGCACCAAAAGUUAGAUUAAGAGCUGCCACUUCUUUGGAAAUAGGAUUGCCUUUCUUGCUUCAGAAGCAACAAGAAGUGUCCGCUUUAACUGAACAACUGAUGACUUCUAAACUUGUUGCUGAGUUGCAGAAACUGUUUUCAACUAAGAAUGAAACCUAUGUCUUAAAACUGUGGCCGUUGUUUGUCAAGUUACUUGGAAAGACACUGCAUCGUAGUGGAAGCUUCAUCAACUCUUUGCUGCAACUGGAAGAAUUAGGUUUUAGAAGUGGUUCUCCGGCAGUGAAGAAAAUAGCAUUUAUUGCGUGGAAAAGCCUCAUUGAUAAUUUUGCUUCAAAUCCAGAUAUUCUCUGCAGUACCAAAAGGCUCAAGUUGCUUAUGCAGCCUUUAAGUUCUAUCCAUGUUAGAACAGAGGCCCUUGCACUGACCAAGAUAGAAGUCUGGUGGUAUCUCCUGAUGAGGCUUGGCUCUCAGCUCCCUUCACAUUUUGAACAGGUUUGCUUGCCUUUACUUCAAAGUGCUUUAAGUGUAGAAUUCUCUUCAGCUCCGGCAACUCCUUUACGAACAAAUAACCAAAGUAUGGCUGCAUCUACACCUUUGCAAAAAGGAUCACUUCCUUUCGGUAGUCCUGCUACACCAAAAAUCAGCUUGAAUUCUAGUCUCCUGACCUCAAUAGCUUUCCCUUCUGUUCACCUUCUUGGUAUUGAAAUGCUGCUUCACUUUAUGUUGGGUCCAGAAGUUGUCAGCUUUGCAGCACAGCACAGGGUUGUGCUGAGUUUGGAACCCCUUCAGCAUCCACUGGUCAGCAAUUCCUCAUUCUUCUGUAAACAUGCUGCUACUCUCCUUAAUGCAGUACAAGAUGGAUUUAUCACAAUAGGAAAAGAUGCUGCUGAUGCUGUGCUGAACGCUGUAUGGAAGGACAUGAUAGUUUUUACAAAAGCAGCCAUUGAUACAGGUAACAAGAGGGAACGUCAGGGCUCUGAGGUUCUGACCCAUUUGUUGCAGGCUCUGAAGAAUAUAGUCACGUCAGAUGCACUUCAAGUAGAAAAGACAGUGAGCCUCCUAGAGCAUACCAUAAAGGGUCUCCCUCAAAAAGUACUUGGAUCUGCAGCAUAUCAGGUGGCAAAUAUGGAUCUUCUUAAUGGAACACCGGCUUUGUUUCUAAUUCAGCUUCAUUUUCAUACUGGACUCUUAGAGAAAAGUGUAACAGGAGAAAGGUUUUUCAUUAACUUUGAAACCCUUGUAAACUAUGCUCUUACGGGACCUACAUCCCCACUAGCAUUCAGUGAAGCUGUGCUUGGUGAGAUAAAUCGGAAUGCAAAAUUCAUUGAAAACAAAGAGCACCUUUGGAGAAUGUGGAGUAUUCUAAUAAAUCCCUUAACUGAAAGGAUUAACCAGACUAACGAAGUUAAUCAAGGUGAUGCUUUGGAACAUAACUUUAGAGCUGUGCACAGUGCUUUGAUGUUGCCCAUAACACACAUCUUUCCUGUCACGGUAUUUCCACAGCCCACUAUGAAGACUUUAUUGCGCACCUGGUCAGAACUGUAUAAGGUUUUUGCUCGAUGUGCAGCUCUGGUCGCCACAGUUGAAGAAAAUGUAUGGUGUGAAGAGCUGUGUUCCAGGAUUUUGGUUGUAUUGGGAGAUCUCAGCUUGAAUUUAGCCAUGCUGGAAAGGAUUGUUCAUGUUAUUACUGUAAUUGUCGAAAAUUUUAACUUCUCGCCCUACACGACAAAGUUUCAGCCAAAAACCAGAACACCACAUACACCAACUGACUGGGCCAAGAAGAAGAGGGAACCUCUUGGAAACCUGAACUGCAUGCUGAAACUACUUGUGAAAUUAAUUGAAUCUUUCCACAGCCUGGGCUUGGAAGAAUCCCAAUUAGAAGCAAAUGCUCCCAGUUUAAUGUCCACUGGUGGCUCCCUCAUUGGAGUUCUUUCAACGUGCAUCUGCCAUAUAACGUUACCUUCAGUGAUCAGGACUAUUUUUACAAUGAUCACAAAACCACUUUCACUCCUCAUUAAAAAAACACAGUCUGAAAGUAAUAAAGUCUAUAAUGGUCUCAACAGCAAGUUGGAAAAGCUACUUGGAGAUGUUAUUGUCUGUCUUGGCUCUCGAUUCAGUGGUCCUUAUGACAAUGAUCUCCUGGAAACACUCUCGCCAAUAUUGUGCUUGCUUUUUCUGCAUAAAAACAAACAGACUCGGAACCAAGCAGCACAGUUCUGGAAUGGAUCCUUUGCUAAGGCAACAAUGCUGACGUAUCCAGAAGAGCUCAAGCCAGUAUUAAGCCAGGUGAAAUCAAAGACUCCACUUCUUUUACCAGGGUUUACAUUUUUAUCUGAAGACUUAAGUGGACCUCAUUCUGAAAAUACGGACAACUCCCAGCUAGAAGCAAAGAUCAGUGGAAUGGAAGUCCGGUCCACUGGAAAACGUGACUCGUUACUAGCGCGCGUUGAAGAAACAAAGGAUAAAGGAACUCCGCCUAGACCAACACAAGCUAAAUUGAAACUGGAUUUCUCUUCACCCAAACCUAAAGAGAAGCUGUUGGAUGAGGAAAGAUCUGUUGACUUUGUUUUUAUUCCGCCUGAAGCAAAAGAGAGAGUAUUGACUGAACACCAAAAAGAAGUGCUAAGAACAAAGAGGGUAGAUAUACCAACAAUGUACAACAAUCUGGAUGCAUCUCAGGAUACAACACUCUUUACCCAGUAUACUCAGAGCCAAGAAAAUUCAUCGGAAAUGCCCACCCUUGCAGAACAAGAAGAAAAGGAGCCUGAACCAAAGGAAAAUGUUCCUGAAGUUUUGCCAAACGAAAAUGAUUCUUCUAAGGAAACAAAGCAAAAAGAUGGCGAACACGAUGAUGAUAACAUUUUAGAUUGCAAAAGAGCCCAGACAGGAAGCAUAGAUGCUUCAGCAGUUGGUGAAACCAACACUGAUGUUCAAAACACUUCAAAUAUUAGUAACAGUUCUACCUCUUCAGACAUGGUUCUGGGUACCCCACCUCCACCUGUUAGCAGAAGGCAAUCAUUUAUCACCUUAGAGAAGUUUAACAGUUCCAUGAGUCGUUCUCUCAGUCCUUUAUCAAACACAAAAUUCCCUAAGGCAGCUGAAGUUAUUUUAGUUCCUGAUAGCCAAGAAGCCUUGGUAAUUGAAAAUGCACAGGCAGCUCAAGAAAAGAAAAAUAUGGAAACGAAGGCUUCCAAAACAGAGGUUUCAAAACCAAUCUCUAAAAGAGGUAGAAAGCCAAAGUCUUCACUUGUGCCAGAGAAAACAGAGGAUGUGAAAGUUAACUCUUCCAGUGAGUCUCAGAAUAAAGCUAGUGAUGCUGAGCGACCAGAAAAUAAAGACUGGGUACCAGAUUCUCAGACUCAGGUAUUAGAAUCAGAAGUUGCAGAGACUGUCAAAGAAAAUAACAUAGCCAAGGAGAAUGCAGAGUAUAAAGAAAACACUCCUCCAGAAACCAUUCAUCUUGCAAACAGUGAGAAGUCACAAAUUCCACAAGCAAUAUCUAAUCAGGUAUCCUUGAGGCGAUCUUCCCGAAGGCAGUCAGAAAUAUUGGAAGGUGUAAAGAGUAUAGCUAGUGACAAAGGGCAGAAACAGCAACGUGAUAAGGUAGACAAGAUGCAGGAAAAAGAUGGCCUGAAUCAUGACAAAAAAGACCUUUCAGAAACAGACCUUGGUAAAAAAGUCAGAGCUGCAACUGAUAAACAGGGUGAUGAACAAGGCGAAAGCCAGGAGAUGGGCAGAAGUAGGACAAGGUAUCAGACAAGAAGGUCUUCACAAGGGCUUGUUCUUGCAAGUGAGAACUCUGAGUCUGAUAAUUCGGAAACACGAGAAGAAAGUACUAAAAGAAAAAGAUCUUGGAGGGGUAAAAUUAAGAGCAUUGAAAAGGAUGAUAAUGUAAAUAAUUCAUCACCACUUUUGCAAGAAAACGGUCCUAAAAAACAAAAGUCUCUUGAAAAAAAUAACCUAGAGUCUGGUUCCGAAAUGGAGACAGAAGUUGAUCACUCUACAACAAAAGACAUUAGUAGCAAGACUUAUACGUUAAUUGCAGACAGUACAGUGUCAGAUGCAAAUGUUUGUGCUGAAGUCAACGGAACAGUUUCAGAACCUGUCAAAGAAACCAACAAGACUUACGACAUUACAAAAGGUUCCAGCCAAUUACAAAGUUUAAUGACAGAACCCACAGCUGGUGAUUAUUCUACUGCUGUGUCUGAGGUGUUCCAGCAAUCUGAGAGUAACCUGCAAGUAUCCGACUGCUUUCAUAAGCGGAGCAAAAGAGCAAGAAGGUCUAAGAGCUGUGACUGCUGUGGAGAUGCGUCAAACAAUAAGGAGGCAACCUAUACAGUAUUGAAUUCUUCUGUAAAGCCAGACCUUAUACCAAAGAAGGGCCAUUCAAGUAUUGUUGCUUCUGAGAUGUCUGACACUCCAUUUGAUGAAACCGUAUUUUUGGGGCCUUUUGCUGUUAGCACACCACUAGUUGGAACCAAAGACCAGUGCUUUUUCAAGCCAUCUGUUACUGAGUUAAAAUCUGAUACAGAAUCUGAACAGGAAAAUACAGUGAUUCCUUUAAAUGAAGAAACUAAAAGUGAAGUGGAGGAAAUAACACAGAUUUUUGUUGGAACAAAGACCGUAGAAGCUCCAGAAGAGUCAAUGGAAAUGGUAGAGAAUGUAGAGGCUUCAGGAGAGGCUAUUAAGGUGCCAAAACAGAACAUAGAAUCUCCAGAAGAGACUGUGGAGACUUUAGAAAAUGAAGAGGCUCCAAAAGAGAGCAAAGAGAUUCUAGAAGAGCCCAUGGAGUUUCUAGUAGAGAAAAUAGAAGCAUCCGAAGGGACUAUGGUUACCCCAGAAGAGAAGGUAGAAGCUUUAGAUAAGACCGAAGUAUCUGAAGGGACUAUGGUUACACCAGAACAGAAUGUAGAAACUUUAGAUAAGGCCGAAGCAUCUGAAGGCACUAUGGUUACCCCAGAAGAGAAGGUAGAAGCUUUAGAUAAGACCGAAGCAUCUGAAGGGACUAUGGUCACACGAGAACAGAAUGUAGAAGCUUUAGCUAAGGCCACGGAGACUCCAGUAGAUUCUGUAAAACCUGAUGUUGCUGAGACAGUAGAAAAUGAAAUUUCAGAACAAACUAUAGCUCAGGGUAAAGAUUCUGAUGCAGAAUGUGCUCAGCAAAUACGCGAUGAGGAUAAAGAAAACUAUGUUCCUUUGGAAAAUGAUUGUAUUAGACAAUUAAAUGUCACAGAAGACAUUGUGGAGACAAAAGCUGCAACUGCUAGUGCAAACAUUGAUCCUGAGAUGGCAGUGGCCAGUGCUGAAAAUAAUACAGAUGAAGAUCCUCUCCUAAAACCAGAGUCCAGUCACUGUUUACAAUUCGUAGACUGUAGCAGUACAGAUGUCAGAAAAGAGACCGUAGAAGAUGAGGUUUUUGUUGCCUCAGAAAAGUGUGCAGUUCCUGAUGUACCCGAAAACAUGGCUAUGGAAGACAAAUCGACUGAAGGAAGGGCAGACACAGACUCUCCUCCAAAAGUUAAAGGAUUGAUCAAUUUCACCUUGGCUAAUGAUAGCCCUGGAGGAAAUUCUUGCUGGUCUCCUUCAGCAUCACCAUCUACUAGCAUUUUAAAGAAAGGUGUAAAAAGACAGCAGGAAAACGACUCUCCAUCUCCACUUAAUAAGAUUCGCAGAGUUUCAUUUGCUAAUCCAAUAUAUCAGGAAGGGCUGGCAGAUGACAUAGACAGAAGAAGCCCUGUUGUAAGGUGUAGCUCUUCAAAUAAUUCCCCCUCAUCCCGAAGUCUGAAACUGCUCACAAGCAAUCAACCUAAGCAUAACACAACCCCUACGAAAGGAUUUGUUUCUCCAAGCUCGAGAGUCCUUGGAUUUAAAAGCUCAAAGAAAAAUUUGAUUUCAGAAAUGACCAAGGAGUCCAUGCCGUCUCCCAAAGAAAGCGUCUACCCUGCACUUAUGAACUGCACAACCCCAGUUGAUGUCAUCCUUCCUCAGAUUACAUCUCUUGCGUGGGCCAGAGGACUUGGACAGCUCAUACGUGCAAAGAACAUAAAGACCAUCGGUGAUCUAAGCAUACUCACGCCCCCCGAGAUCAAGGCGCUGCCUAUCCGAUCUCCUAAAGUCUCUACGGUGAAGAAAGCUCUUAGAGUGUAUCAUGAGCAGCAGACAAAAAACAAAGGAUUUGAUGAAUUUGCUCUUCUUGACGAGAUUGAAAAACCAUUAAAUGUUCUGGAAGAAAAAACCGCCUCCAUAGAUGAAGAGAAACUUGCAACAGUCUUGGCUGAGCUGCCUACCCCUGCCAUGGACACUGCUCCCUCCCCAGACCUUCUGUCCCAGAUCGCUGCACUUUCUCGCCAAUUAUCUUCUGAGGACCUUGGCAAAUACUCUGCCAGCCAGCUCUUUGACAUACAGGAGAAGCUUGGCGGCAUGUCCAACUGCAUCAUUCGACACUUGCAGUCACGAUGGAGGUCUCCACCUCACGAAAACUCUGUAUGACCAGACUUUCCCAAUUAAGGACUCGUUUUAUUCCGGGUUUCCCGAGAGAGUUCAUUUUACAGAAGCCUUUGUCAAUAGUUGUAGUUUUUACGUCAUGUUGGGUCAUAUGCUUGUAUUUCUUUUAGUCCCAUUGCUGCUAUUAUAAUGCUUAUGGCUAGGAGUUUGAACAGAAGGCAACUUUAUAGAGCCUUGCUCUUUUUCUAACCGCCUUUCCUGAUGUAGAAGUUAAUUUCUCAUUGGAUACGUUGUUUUAUUGCUUAACAGCCUUUCAUUAAACAGUCAAAAAGUUCAUUACCUUCCGUCAGUUCACACUGAAUACUGCUGAUGCCUUCUGGUUGGCUGUAAGUGUUGGGAAAUAUGCUACUGCACCCCUGAUUUGUGUGUAGAAUUGAAUUUUCUAUACUGCAGAUUCAUCAGGACUGUGCAUACUUAUCGUAAUGAAAUGCUAUACUGCUGUCCUGAUGGAUCGUGGAAUUGUAGAUGAAUGAAAGGAUAUUUUUGCCUAAGAGUAGUGCUACAUUUUUAGAUCCUUUUCAGUUGUUCUCAGGUUCCGUUGGAGUCACAUUGUCGAAUGCUGAAUACAUGGGCAGCUACACCUUGUUUUAGAAAUGAGCCUCUGUGUAACCUAUGGGUAUAGAAAGUUUGCGGUGUGAUUGCUAACUUUAAAUAGGAUCAGUUUUGUGGCGGCCACAGGAUAAUUUCUACAGGAUUUGCCAUAAAUAUAUACUCUUAGGAGCUUGAAGUGCUUUUUGGAACACAUUUUCUCAGCAGCGGUUCCGCUCAUGUAUUUUUCUAUGAUCUCCCAAGCUCUAGUCUUCUAGACUGUCGGCCCGCCAUUGGUUUUUAUUGGGAAGUAGGCAAACGUUGAAAUUUUGUAUAUUCUGUAUAUAAAUUGCACUGUAAGCAACUUACUUUCCAGUUAUUAAUACGCAUUGUAUAUAUAAUUUAAUGGUCACUAUACACAAGCUUCUUAUUGUCAUUUUCUGAAAAUGUUUUUAGAUUUGUAAAAUAUUAAAAGUAUUAAAAGUGGGGUUUGUUUUCUAAUGGACGUUCUUUGGAAUGAAAUUGGAAAAUACACAUUUUCAGAUUGUAUUUUUUAUAAAUGUGUCGUUUACUUUGCUUACAUUUUGGUUGUUCUUGUCACUGACUUUUAUGAAAGUUUACCGAGAUAAUAAUAAUAGAGAGUUCUAAACUGUUGAGGAGAAUCUUCACUAGUUAAAGGGGGGCCUGUCACCGACACAUAAAGCUGUAUAAUAAAAGUCCUUUGCAAAUGAAA